UAAACUUUUUAAACCAAGUAUUCGAAAACUGGGGGAUUCAGGACUCAAUUGUUGGCAUUGUUCGAGAUAAUGGUGCUGACAUAACAGCUGCGUUAAAUAAGAGCAAGUAUGACGCUUAUCCAUGUGUUGCACAUACACUUCAACUUGUAAUAAAAGAUGGAUUUAUGGAAAACGUGAAAAUAGCAAAUCUUGUGAAAAAGGCAAAAAAAGUAGUAGGUUGCUUCAAAAAGUCAGCGAAGAACACAAAAUUAUUGAAAGGACUUCAGAAACAGCUAAAUAUUCCAGAGCAUCGUCUUAUUCAAGAUGAACCUACACGCUGGAAUACAACGUUUUAUAUGCUAAAGCGGCUUGUAGAGCAAAAGGAUGCUCUUACACUUAUGUCAGGGAAGCCUGAAGUGAGUCUCCCUGUCGAGCUGACAUCUGAUGACUUCAGAACAAUGCAAACUGCAGUUGAGAUCCUUGAGAUUUUUGAAACCGCUACACGGCAAGUCAGUAAAGAAUCUUCAUCAAUUUCUGAAAUUAUACCAUUAAUAAACACAAUUGCCCAUUUCUUGGAAAAUUUGAAUGUGGCUGGAUCUGGAUUAAUGGGACUAAAAAAUGACUUGGUAUCGUCAUUAAAACGCCGAUAUCCAAACGUAGAAGAAGAUUCCAGCUUUGCCAUUGCGACCAUACUGGAUCCACGGUUUAAAUCAGCUCCUUUCCAAAAUGAAAGGGCACUGGAGGCGGCCAAAAUAAAAAUCCUGGAUGAGAUGGGGAGAUUGGAGGAGGUCUUGUCAGAACCUCCUGCCGAGGAUGAGCAAAGCAGGAAUGAAAACCAGAAGAACUUUUGGAGUCAUUACUCAUUAUUCACAAAAGCAAGUCAAACUGUGUCAGUUCCUUCUUCUGAAAAUUCAACUUUAAAUGAACUGCAAAUGUACUUGAGUGAAAAACUGGUUGAGCAUACGGAGGACAAAAAUGCAGUAUACACCUACUGGAAGUGUACACAUUUUUUAAAGUUAAAAAAAAUUGCGACUAAGUAUAUGUGCAUUCCCCCUGCAACCGUAUUCAGUGAGAGACUGUUUAGUAGUGCUGGGCUAAUUUGCGACAAGAAACGAAAUCGGCUUGAUCCUGAAAGAGUGAAACAGCUUGUAUUCUUGCAUAAAAACUUGCAAUAGGUUUGGUUGCUGUUAGCAUCACAGACUACAAUCUAUCUGACAAUUAAAUUGGUCCAUAGUCUUUUUUAGCAUCUAACGUUUCUCUACAUACACAUUUAAAGCACUGUAUUUCAAUUAAAUGGUACUUGUUUUUUUUAUUAUAAAAGGUUGGUUUGUGUUUUGGGCAAGGUUAAAAAAUAAAUUAACUCAUUUGUGUUGAA